AUGUCGACAAGGUUGUGCGCCGUGUGCAAUGCCAUCUUCACCGGGCUUCUGGUUAACACAAUGAGAAUGCCUCAUCAUCGGUCUGUUGCCAGUCUCAGGCGAUCCGUUGAGGAAGGAUGCUAUAUCUGCAUUUUUUUUGUUGCUGCCAUGCCUCAAUACAACAUCUUCAAUGCUAAUGGUGCAUUCUCGUGGGGUUUAAAUAUGGUCCCGGAAGGAAGACGUUGGAACUUCGGUCCCUAUACAAGUUAUGGACAGCUCGCCAUCGAGUCCAACUCUCAUACUUUUUUAUUCAGUCCGAAUGCGCCGAUUAAUACUGUUAAUCCUGGUGCCAGCCUUACUGAUCAAGCAGUCAUGGAAACUGCAAGAUCCUGGCUAGAAAACUGUCGCAAAAACCACGCAUUGUGUCAACCAGUUGAUCCUGCCUUCAACCCUACAAGACUCAUCUACAUCCACAACGCGUCCUCGGUACAGCUCAUUGAAACUAAGGAAGAGGCAAACAGCCAGCAUUACGUUGCUUUCUCACAUUGUUGGGGGGAGUCCGAGACUCUCAAACUACUCCAAAACGACCUGGACAAAGGAACGAAAGGCAACAUCGAAGAACUACGUUCGCUCAUCCAAGUUCAACGUUUACCGACCAGUUAUUGGGAGGCAAUCUCUGUCAGCCUAGCCCUUGGAUUUCGGCACAUUUGGAUUGAUUCACUGUGCAUCAUACAAAACAGCGAUGAUGAUUGGACCAAAGAGUCCGCCAUGAUGAAGGACGUCUAUGCCAGCAGUUCUCUCAAUCUUUGCGCUUCAGCUGCGGCAGAUGCUUCAGAGGCAAGCUUCCGACGCAGGGCGCUAGGCAUGAUUGUGCCAUUGGAUAUCGAACCCCAGUGGACUGGCAUUCUCCAUGGCGUUUACAAUCUGGGCAAGAUUGGUCCACUUCCAUCACAUCUCCGUCAGAUCAAAAUCAAGCUUGAACGCGUUUUAUCCAGACGUCAUCUCCACAUGACUUGCAACCAGCUCUGGUGGGAUUGCCGCCAUAUAUGUGCCAGCGAAAUGUUUCCAGCAGGGGUGCCCAUUGGUGAAGAUAAACGUAACGGCGAACAUGAAGAAGAGAGGGUUCGAUACUAUGCAUUAAGCACUUUUGGCCCUCAUUCUCCCCAUCACGGAGCGCCGUCAGAAGUUGACAUGGACAAGCUAUGGGACAGCCUCGUCGAGCGAUACUCCCGCUGCAAUCUAACCUAUACAUCUGAUAAGCUACCCGCGCUAUCGGGGCUUGCACAGAUCUUUAGCAUCGUACGAGGCCCAGACUUUUCUCUUGACAAGAACUCUUAUCUCGCUGGCAUUUGGCGACCUCAUUUACCAUACGCUUUAUGUUGGUAUUCAUACUACGGUAUAGGCGGCAAGCUUCGCAACUACGACGGCAAGCUUCGCAACUACCGGCCCCAUCCCUACCGUGCCCCCUCCUGGUCUUGGGCGUCGGUAGAGGGCUCGGUUGCCGCGGGGAAAUUAUCGGGUAAACCGGUCUGCUGUGUAGUGGAUGUCAAGGUACUUCACGAGGACGAACGGUAUAAGGCUGGUACGGUAAAGGGUGGUAUCUUGAACUUGAGAUCCCGUGUGAUUGGACCUUUCACCUACAAACCGUCAUCAACAACAGCGGACUUAACAACAAGUCCUUCCCUAGAUAGCCGUGUAAGGGAGGCCAUCGACGCUCUGCGGAUGCCGUGGUUUAUUAAGUGGGAUGAACGUGAUGGUGUUUCCGGAAAGGAUUUCAUCAGCUACCUUGAUCCGCUUCCACAGACUGUGCAUAAGGACGGAAUCGUAAAGGGCACAGGCGCGGUGCGGAAGACGGUCCGGCUCGAGGCGUUGACUGAAGAACUGCGCAUGCGAAUUUUCCUUGUCCCUAUUGUUUUGCACCUUAAUAAAGGAUGGUGGGGGGGGGGGGGGGGGGGGGUUGCCGGCUUAAUUGUCUGUCAUGUCGUCAACGACCCAGGACUCGAAGGUUUCGAUGACGGUGCGGUGUUUCAGCGUGUAGGGUGGUUCGAGAAUCUGGACAUUGACGAUGAGGUGCUACUUCUUGUCCCGGGGAGAACGAUUGCCAUCAUAUGA